AUGAAGGUAGCCAGCAUCUUCCUUCUCACUGCCUUGGUCCUAUUGAGUUUAUCUGGUAGUACUAGAGCUAACUUCCUGGAAAGAAAGGCUCAAUGUACAAGUGCAGUGAGUGGAUGUCCCAAGAUUUAUAACCCUGUCUGUGGGACAGAUGGAGUUACUUAUUCUAAUGAAUGCGUGUUAUGUAUUGAAAAUAGGAAACACAAGACUCCUGUCCUCAUUCAAAAAUCUGGGCCUUGCUGA